UCACAUAUUUGAUGCUGCUAGUGCAAUUAAGCACCAACUAUACAACAUGGGUCAUGAAGGAGAGUACCCCAGGGCAGAUAUCCUAGAUUUAUCAGCAGAGAAUUGCCAAGAUUUUUACAGCAGUACUUGGCUCAGUUCAACGCUGGACUCACAAAAGGAGAAAACUGAAAACCGCAAAAGGGAGAGCGAUUACGUGAAGAAGAAGAACUGUAACAUCCUCGCAGUUCCGAUUUCGGAAGAGGAGCUGAAGAUACGAAGUGAGCUAGGAAUGGAGAUUGAAAGAGACUUAGAAGAAGAGAUCAAGGAAGGUAUUUACCACCUUGCUCUUCGGUUGCACCGGAUUUACCAGGAGAGGAAGGAAAGAAGUACAAAAGAAGCAUGUGAGCUUGACAAUGAUUACCAAGCUAGAGCAGUUUCUGAAGUGAACAUAAGCAUAAGAAUGGAAGGAGCAACUAAAGUUGAAAUUAAAGAAAUCAACAAAGAAGAAGCUGAAAAGGGUUGUGCUUAUUCACGGAAUUCUAGGCCACAAAAUGUGAAGGAAGUGAAGAAGGUUGAUUGGGUGAAAACCCUGAGAGCAGGUUCAAGUCCUGUUUGUGCUAGAAGAUCAUCAUGUGUCAGUUCAAAGAAUAAGGAUAUAAAAAAGUUAGGCACUGAUGACCCUAAUGUUUUCUCCAACUGGAAAAUUCAUGGUGGGAGGGGAAAGAAUGCAGGUUCCACCGGGCUAGUGAAACGGAAUGCAAGUGUGGACAAGAAGAUACUUCAAUUGGUGUGGAAGGUUUGAAGAUCUUUAUAAUUUGAUUCGUGAUUUCUAUUUGGCUUUGUUUGCAUAAACAAUAUUAGUAUAGUUCGGAAUGAUUUUUACCUAAUAACAAAUGAUGGAGAGAGAGUGGAUUGAAGGCGUGAAAGUUGUUGUAUUGAAAUGAAGUUUCAAAUUGAUGUGAUGAUGUCUACAUAUUGAACUUAAAUUGGAUUCUUCCUUCUUGCA